UCCGACAUAAACAAAAACAGUUCGAACAAACUUUAUGCUCAAUAUUUACCGUAGCCGAAACUGAAAUAUAUAUUUGAAAUUUAUGACGGAACAACGAAUGGUUAUAAAGCUAACGCUUUCGCCGGAGGAAAUAGUCGAAACGAAGUUGCAUCGUUGUUGCGUGGAGGGAUGUAGUGAAAGUUUUACCAACGUAUCCCACCUACAGUUGCAUCUCACGAAGCGCCACAAGCUGACCACGGUCAACGUGAAGACCGACAAAACUGACCACGUGAAAUAUUUCCACUGCCCGGAGCAAUCAUGCGUCUAUCAUGUACGAGCCAGCGGGGAGAAGUUUUUCACAUCUUUUCGCAGCUUGAAGCAGCAUUUCUUGAAGAUGCACUCGGAGAAGAAAUUUGUUUGCAAUCAUUGCGACGGCAAAAAAUCAUUCGCUACAGAAUCACUCCUUAGAGCACAUCAGACCAAUUGCGGGCAAUUGUUCGUUUGUAAAGUUUGUAGACUCUCGUAUGAGAGUCGAGAGGCUUUGCUUACACACUGUCGACGAAAAAGUCAUGGAUAUGAAGAACUCCUCGCAGAUAAACUCGCCAAACGAAAAGUUGAAACGCAAAAACCAAAGUCUGUAAAAAGAUUGAAAAAACCUUCACACAUGACUAUCAUGGUUGAAGCAAAAUUGCCCGUUUUAACGUUGACAUGCAAAAAGUCACAAAUGACUCAAACAGAUCUGAUGCAAUCAGAAGAUUCCAUCAGAAGUGAAUCCUCCACACAAACAAAGACCACCGAAUUCAACCCAGCAACAAUGGAUAGCUUCUGUCAGACGAAUCAAAAUCUCCCUGAUUACCCCUAUAAUGCUGCAGAGGAAGCAGCAGUAUCCACAGAUCCACAGUACCAAGUGACUUCAUCGGAAACUCAAACGGAUCAAAUUUAUGAAACAAUGUUUCCAAACGAGGAUCGCAGCGAUCCGAUGCUGUACUCUAACAUGUAUACCCAAACGUGUGAGGAUAUUUUCUCUGACCUUGAACUGGCUAGCAUCGAAACCCAAACCAAUUGGGACGGUCUGGGAGAGUUUCUAGUCUCAGCGGAAACGCAGACAAACGUUGAUGUUAACGGCGCAGCGUCAUCAAGUGAGCUGUCAAGGGGCAAAAUUUCUUCUAUCCAGACGCAAACCUCGGCCAGCAUGGAGUUCCUUAAUGCCAUCAGCUCGGAGAGUAGCUCGAUCCAUACACAAACUUCCUGAUAUUAUGCCGAUGAGGAUGACUACCACUUUGAUUUCUAGUCGGAUGCUGUAUGAUCGAUAUAGAUGGGAGAGAGUGAAUGGGUUUACUAUAAAAUAGUAAACUACAAAAUGGUCCAUGCUCUACGAAGUGGUUUUAUUUUCGAAGCAGAAAUUCACAGCAAACCCUCUUAGUGUUAUUAGAUAAUUAAUUGUUGAUCUCUUAUUAUUAGUGCACGAGAUGUGAUGUCUGAAUAAAUGUGAU